UGUUUUUUUUUCUGUCACUCCAAUUGACUGUGAAGAGGGUAAAGUGGUGUGGAGUAGUGGGCGCUUUGAACUCCGCUUUUGGGUUAUCUAGGGCUUAAAUCGCUUUUUUUUAGGUUAGGUUACCUGAUAUCUGUAAACGUGAAAAAAUAUCGCGACAUUUAGGGUACGAGAUUGAUGCAUUAACAAUGACAUCGCUUCUAAAGACGAUUAAUGGACUUCAACUUUUUCACAAAUGUUUGAAACAAAGCAUCGAUAUGAUAUCAAUCCCGAAGCGAGACAAGUAUCUACCUAAACCCAGAUACCGCCAUCCAGAGUGGCUCCCGAAACCACAACGUGUUUUGUACGACGAAAGACUAACGGAAGACAACAAGCAGUUUCUUAACGAAGUGGUGCAGAAUCAAUACGAUUUGUCUACCAUUGGACUUGGAACGAAACUUUCCCCUUUGAAAGUGGACCCAAUCGAGCCUACCGUACAGUGGAAGAAAGGUAUGAAACGUACUGGUUUAAUCGGCAAGAAAUUAGGGGUUUAUCCGUUGUGGAUGAAAGACGGAAAGAAGGUCUUCUCGACGUUACUUCAGAUCGUCGACAAUGAAGUAGUCAAAUACAUACCACCGGAGCAGUUUUUCCCAGUAAAAUCUCGCACACCUACGAGACAAGUCAAAAACAGACGCGGCUGUCUCGUAGUGGGGGCGGAAAAUAUAGAUCCGCAAUUGGUCACGAAGGAAUAUUACGGCCUCUUCAACGACACUGGCGUUAUGCCGAAACGUGUACUAAGAAGGUUUAUAAUAUCUCCACAAGCAGCAUUGCAACCAGGAACCCCUUUAUUCGCCACACAUUUUAAACCAGGGGAAAUCGUCGAUAUCCGCGGGAAAACGAUCGAUCGUGGCUUCCAAGGCGUCAUGAAACGAUGGGGCUUUAAAGGGAUGCCUGCCAGUCACGGCGUGACAAAGACUCACAGACGACCCGGAAACAUCGGAUCGGGUGGUGAGAAAGCCCGAGUUAUGCCUGGUACUAAAAUGCCCGGGCACAUGGGUAACCGAUGGCGUAUUCAAAGAGGUUAUCGAAUUUUACGAAUAAACACCAAGUACAACGUGAUUUGGGUUCUGGGACACAAUAUACCCGGCGAAACCAAUACUUAUUGUACCAUAUACGAUACGUUACUUCCUCUGAGGAAAUCCAAUGCGCCAAAUUUCCCGACGUAUUUACCAAGUAACGCCGAAGAGUCGCUUCCAGAGGAACUUUAUGUAGACGACGUACAUCAGUUCGCAGAACCCACGAUAGAAUUUAAAGAAGAAUCUUAAUUAUAUCUGUAUAGUAUUGAAUAAAAAAAAUUGCGUAAUUGCAGACCAGGAUUA